AUGUCUCAGGGUCAGGAGAGUCCACGCUGCACACAAGAGCAACAAUUUCAGUCCUGCAUUAAAAGCAAGGGCCUGGAGGUUUCAGAGGUCCCCAAAUCUAAAGAGGAGGCCUCUUCCUCUUCUUCCUACCCUCCAAUCCCUGGUAACCUGGGGGAAAUUGCCACUGCUGGAAUGCCCAGCACUCCCCAGGUUCCACAAAGUGCCCACUCCCCCACUGCUAUGAUAGCCACCUCAUCAAGCAAAUCGGAUGAGGGCUCCAGCAGCCAAGAAGAGGAUGGUUCAGUGACCUCUCAGUCUCCGCCAGACACUGAAAAUCUGCCCAUGGAAACUCUGGAUGAGAAGGUGACUUUGUUGAUCCAGUUCCUGUUGCAAAACUAUCAAAUGAAUGAGCCGAUCACCAAGGCAGACAUGCUGAAUAUUGUUAUCAAAGAGUGCAAGGAUGAUUUCCUUGAGAUUCUCAAGAGAGCCUCUGAGUGCAUGGAGCUAGUUUUUGGUGUUGAUGUGAAGGAAGUCAACCCCACCGACCACCGCUAUGCCCUUGUCAACAAACUGGAUCUAACCUACAAUGCAAGCCUGAGUGGUGAUGAUGGCAUGCCCAAGACCAGCCUCUUGAUAAUUAUCCUGGGUGUGAUCUUCAUGAAGGGCAACCGCGCCAGUGAGGAGGAGAUUUGGGAGGUGCUGAAUAUGAUGGACCUAUAUUCUGGAAAGAAGCACUUCAUUUUUGGGGAGCCCAGGAAGUUCAUCACCAAAGAUUUGGUACAGGAAAAGUACCUGGAGUACAGGAAGGUGUACAACAGCGAUCCUCCAUGCUAUGAAUUCCUGUGGGGUCCAAGAGCCCAUGCUGAAACCAGCAAGAUGAAACUGCUGGAGUUUUUGACCAAGAUUCAUGAGUCUGACCCUAGGUGCUUCCCAUUCCAGUAUGAGGAAGCAUUGAGAGAUGAAGUGCAGAGAGCAAGAGCCCAAGCCCGAGCUGCAGCAAGAGCUGCCACUGCCACCAAGACCAGGGCAAGUUCCAAUGCUAAGCCCAGCCGCUUCUCCUGCCCCUAG